ACCUCGGAAAUAAGUUGCAUUGUAACCUCAAAGUUCUCUCAUUUUGGGCCCUCAUUUUCGUCUUUGGGUUUUUACAAAACAAAAACAAAUCGAACACACGAUACAAGAAAGGCACGAAUAAAAUGGCGAAGUUUUUCAGUCAAAACGACAUCGACUUGUUCAAGGAGUGUUUCUUCUUCAUUGCCAAGCGAGGGUACACCCAGAGUGACCAGGAACUGGGUCAGAUAAUGAGGUCCCUGGCCUACAGUCCGACAGAGGAAGAAGUGCACACAUACUUCAGCAAAUAUGUCAAAGAUGGGAAGAUAGACUUUGCCUCAUUUCUAGAGGUGAUGCACACUCACAACAUGAAGGAGAAGGCUGUGAAGGAGAUUGUGCAGGGAUUCAAGGCCCACGACUCUGAGGGGCGGGGCUAUGUGCAGACCAACGAGGUGAAGAAUAUACUGCUAAACCUUGGGGAGCAGCUGAAACGCAAUGAAGUUGAUGACCUUUUCCGUGAUGGUGGAGUGAACGGAGCCCAGAUCCGAUACCAAGAAUUUAUAAACAAUGUCACCCAACCUGUGCCAGAUUACUAGGGAACGUCAUAACCAAUGUCACUAAUUCUGUACCUGAUUACUUACUAGAGAACUUUAUAAAGAACCUAAGCCAACCUGCACCGCAUUGCUAGUGCACUUCAUGAACAAACUGUAUGGAAUUUCUUUUGUAUUUAAAAAAAUGUUACCCAACAUGCACCAGAUUACUAUUGUAUUUUAUAAACAACAUCACCCAUUCUGUUCAUGAUCACUUUUGUUCUUUAAGCUUACCUGAGCACAUCCCAGUGGUCACAAUAUUGAUAUAGAUUAAAAAUGUCAAUAAUUUUAUCAAUCUUCUUUUAAUGAACGGUAAGGGUCAGGGGUUAAUUUGAUGUGAAAAUAGUCUUGUGGUCCUCUACAAAGAUUGCUCAAAUCAUACCUUCUUGAUUACUUAGAUAACAUAGUAGAUUGUGGAGGCAGGUUUUGUAUGAAAUACUAUCUUAAUGAAUUGUUCUGAUUGCAUGCUAAAAUGUCGUAUCUUGUGAACCUCACCAAUGGACACAUGAAACAAUUCCUGACUGGGUGUUUAUUGAAUCCUCAUUAAUGUGCACACAUUCCCAAUAGUUGUUUUUGUUAUAUUACUAUGCUUGCUUACGACAUUGCUAUCAAGUUUGCGCAUUGCAUAAUCAAUUACGCUGAACAAUAUGUAUCUUGUAUUUGUAAAGAUUGUUAAUGUCUUAUGGUCUUAACAGAUAAAACAAACUAAGAUUGGUUUACCAAAUACUGAUUUCCAAGUUUGAUCAGACUUGUUCACAUUAUUACAUGAACAAACUAAGGUAAUGUAUGUGUUUUCAAAGUCCUUUCACUGCUUGGUGAAUUUCGCCCAAAUGUGAACAAUUAGUUUUAAAAUAAAAUUCAUCUGCACUGAAUGCUGGCAUUUUAAUAUUAUUAGCGAGGCUGUUUUCGGAGAAAACCCGAGCUAUUGUCAUAGCCAGCUCGUCGUCCGCUGAAGGCGUCGUGCUAAAAUCUUAACAUUUGCCAUCACUUUUUAAAUAUCGAAGAUAGCAUCUUGAUAUUUGGAAUGCAUGUGUAUCUCAAGGAGCUGCACAUUUUGAGUGGUAAAAUUUCAAGGUGAACAUCAUCCUUCUAGGUCUAGGGUCGAAAAAACAAAGUCAAGGGAAGUAAUAAGCUUUAAAUGGACAAAGUUAUCUGACCUGCCCACGUAUAUAUUUUUGUUAAAUAAAUCAAAGCGGCGCAGUAGGCGUCAUUGUGUUUCUGACAAACACAUUGUGGUAAAAGGUCAAGGUCAUCCUUUAUGGUCUAUGGUAAACAAUACAGAUUUAAGGGAGAAAAUUAUUCAAUAUUGAACAUAGCCACUUUAUAUAUUUGGCAUGCAUGUGUAUCUCAUGGAGCUGCAUAUUUUGAGUGGUGAAUCUACAGUCACAGUAUAGUGGCUUUGAAUUAUUUGCUACUAAAAAUAGAGAUUUGUUACAGACAAUUAUUUUCAAGGGAAGUAAUUUAUAUAAUUAUAAAUCUCAUAUUAUAUAUUUCAUUACCAAGAAUUGAAGUUCUUUUCACAGUUACUGUACAGAUUUAUUAUUUUGAUUAUUUAUAACCCAAAUGAUUGAUUUUUCAAAGUUUUUUUAAAUUAUAUAAUUUCUUUGAUGAUCAUUACAUACCUGUGGACUUAUGUCCAUAGAAACAUGAUCAACUCGGGUUAUGAUCUCUUUUAAACCACAGGCCUUGUUUGUCAGUGAUGUCUGACAUGGUCGUAAUUGACUGUGAGACCCUCCCCCCCCCCCCCCCUCCCCCCCCCGGUUGGAUUGGACAAAAUUCAAGGGAAGUAAUAACCUUUAAAGGGAGAUGAUUUCUAUACCUGCUAAAUGAUAAAUAAAAUUGUUAUUUCAAUGCGGCGCAGUAGGGGGCAUUGUGUUUCUGACAAACACAUCUCUUGUUGGGUCACUAGGUCAAAGGUCAAAGUCACUGUGACCUCUAAAAAAAAAAUUCUGACAAGCUUUCGCAGCCGAGCGUGGCACCCGUUAUGUGGUGCUCUUGUUAAGCAAGCUGUAUUGUUUUUGUUGAGACGAACAUAAAUUUACUGUACAUGACUCUGCAUUGUUUAUGGUUGUAAAUGUUUGUGUGAAUUUUAUGUAUAAUGAAGAUGUAUUUAUUACAUUUAAUAUUUAAUAAUAAAAUAUAUUUGGAAGAUAA